CCUCAUUACCACAAAUAAUCCAGCCCAGCCUCUAAUCCUCUAUGUCUUAGUGUCGGAAAAUGGAUGCCCUCCACCCUGGACGAGCAUCAUGAAUGGGUCGGAGGUGUUAUCGCCCACGUCGACCGCAACAAGCCUGAAGAGCUUCACCCGGUCCUAAAAGAAUUCCAAGAACUUAUCGAGUCCAACACGAGGGUCUACUUGCUCAUGGCCGCCAUGUUCGGCGAAAUCCCGCGCAACCGGACCUACGCGACGGACCCGACCGGCUGCCCACAGCUACGCGACUACAAGCACAUGCUGGAAGUUCUCAACCAUCUCAUCACUACUGCCCCCUCCUGGAACGACUUCUCCCACCGCGUGGGCCUUGUCGGACUGCCCAUCAAUGCUAUUCUUGACUGGCCUAUGGGUACCCCCUCCGGUUACGCCGCCUUCCUAGACCCCGAUGUCAACCGAAUGCUUAAGAAAGUCCUCAACGCCUGGGGUGAAUUCCUCAAGUCCCCGGAGUCUGCAUCCGUCCUCGACGACUCCGCGAACGGCUGGUUUGGCGAGACGGGGAAGUCCGACUUGGUUGAGGUGGCCAAUCUGGGCGGCAAGACCGACCACACAUUCGAAGAGAUGUUCAUUUGCGACCCCUCCGCUCCUCACCACGGCUACAAAUCCUGGGACGAUUUUUUCACGCGCCUUUUCCGGGAGGGAAUUCGGCCGGUUGCUGGUCCCGAUGACGACAAGAUUAUCGCCAAUGCCUGCGAGUCCAAGCCUUACAAGGUCGCGUACAAUGUCAAAGCCCGCGACACCUUCUGGAUCAAGCACCAACCUUACUCGAUCAACGACAUGCUUGCCCUCGAUCCCCUGGCGGAGCAAUUCAACGGCGGCACCGUCUACCAGGCUUUCCUUAGCGCACUGAGCUACCACCGCUGGCACAGCCCCGUCUCCGGCAAGAUCGUCAAGGCCUACGUCGUGGACGGCACGUACUACUCUGAGCCCUUGUUCGAGGGCAUUGGCGAUCCGAACCCCACCGAGAAGCACAAGCACGGUAUUGAUGCCUGCGGUGAGGUCACCUCGCAGGGCUUCCUGACGGCCACUGCCACCCGCGCCAUCAUGUUCAUCGAGUGCGACAACCCAGAUAUCGGCCUUAUGGCCUUCUUGGGUGUGGGCAUGUGCGAGGUGUCGACCUGUGACAUCACCGUCAAGGAGGGCCAGCAUGUCAACAAAGGUGAUGAACUCGGCAUGUUCCACUUCGGUGGCUCGACGCAUUGUCUACUUUUCCGGAAGGGCGUCAAUGUUCAGGGCUUCCCCUCGACUCACACGGAUCAGAAUGUGCCUGUCAGAAGCCAGGUGGCUUACGUUGCUUAAUUUUCCCGGCUUCUGAAACCAAUACGCAUGGAGCCUCUGAUUAGCAAGACGUGUACAUACUUGUGAUGUUAAUGAGCGAUGCUUUACGAUACAUAUGAGGAAUUAAAGUACAUAUUUCGGA